AUGAAGGUUCUUGCCGUUACCCUUGCCUUGCUCGCCGCUUCGGCUGCUCCGGCUGCUGCCAUGGUCCGCUGGUGUGACCACCCUGGCCAGCCCUGCUACAAGAUGAAGCGCACAGCCGAUAUCUCCACCGAAGUCAAGCGCUCUGCCGAGGCCCUUGCUGAGGCUAUGGCUGAGGCUCAGCCCGAGGCCAUGGUCCGUUGGUGCGAUCACCCCGGUCAGCCCUGCUUCAAGGUCAAGCGUGCCGCCGAUGCCGUUGAUGAGGUCAAGCGCUCUGCUGAUGCCCUGGCUGAGGCUAUGGCUGCUCUUGAUGAGGAGUAA